AUGAGUCAUUUUCUCACUAUGCCGAGCGUCAAACCCAUCAUAUCGAACAGACGGUACAGUAGAAAGACUGAGGGUCUUGAUGAACAAUGGGCGAUUUUACAAAAUGGUAUAGAUAAGAUAUUUGACGGUAAGGUUACUGAACUCUCGUUUGAGAAACUAUAUACAACCGUAUAUGGACUGGUAUUGACUAAGAAUGGUCCACAGUUGCAUGAACGUCUAUCGAGACAGUUGUCAGAUCAUUUUGGCAAAGUGAGGACAUCAUUUGAUGGAAUUACACGGGCAGAGGCAUUGAAUCUUUUGAACCAAGUAUGGGAGAAGCAAAAAGUGUAUCUGAGCCAAAUCUCAGACGUUUUCAUAUAUAUGGAUUCUGUGUACUCUAAACGAGAAAAUAAGCCUGAUGUUAUGUCUUUGGGUUCGAGGCUAUUCUUGAAGGAAGUCGUAGAACACGUUUCCGGUACGCUUAAGAGUUCUUUGGUUGAUGAGAUAAACCAGGCAAGAGAGAGUGCAGCACAGUACUCAGGAUUUGAUAUACUCAAGAACGCUAUUGCAGUUCUUAAUAGUUUGGAGCUGAAAGAGGGUAUGAGCAGCGUUUUCCUGAUGGAAUUUGAACCAUUUCUUCUUGAUAGCACAGAGGCAUACUAUAAAAAUCUACAUAGUCAAUUGAUUGCUGAGCAAGACGAGACUAGGUGGAAGGACUUUAACACGUUACUUGAGCUAUUGAAUACUGAGAACAAGAUCUGCUGCAAUAUAUUUGAAGAUCAAGAUACUAUUUUAAAGUUACACAAUAUUGCCGAACGGGUCUUGGUGACGGAUAAUAUUCAAGAAAUUGCAAUUUAUAACGUCGCAAAGAUAGUGAAUAGCGAUAAAAACGAUGUUUUAAGCAGGUUACUUGCCAUAUCUUCGUCGCAAAAGGAUAAAAAUGUUAUAUUUGAUCAGUUAUCACAGUUCAUUGUCAAGGAAAUCACCAGUAUUGAGAUUGAUACAUCGGCAAAGAAAAAAUCUGUUGCAGCUGUAGCAUGGAUUCAGGAAUUGAUAAAAUUGAAGGAUAAGUACCAGGAAUUGGGAUCACAUUUGAAUAGCGCACAAGCAGCUGGGUUUAAAUGCAUUAAUGAGGCAUUCGGAAAGGCCUUCAGUCAGAUAAAGAUAUUUCCAGAGUUUUUGUCAUUAUACUUUGACAACUAUUUAAAAUCUGAACCAUCAGCGAUGGAUUCUAAUAUCAGGAAAUGUGUACAGUUCUUCAAACUUUUCAAAGAUAAAGACGCAUUUGAAAUCAUUUAUCGUCAACAGCUUUCCAGAAGGCUAUUACAGCAGAGAUCUAAUGUCUUAAGAGAACAGGAGUUAAUAUUUUUAUUGCAAGAGGAUGUUGGUACAUCUUACACUUCUAAACUCAGAGGUAUGCUGAGAGAUUUACACUCCUCAAACACUUUCAUGCAGAAGAACGGUAAACUCUCGAAGACAAGGGAUAUAAGCGUGAAUGUGUUAACAAAUAUGUUCUGGCCGUUGCAGGGCUCUGAUAUGAACAGGGAUGUUAUCGUUCCGGAUUCUUUUGCAGCUAUUAGGAAUGAGUAUGAAAAUCGCUAUGCAAAGACCCAUUCAGGCCGUCUAUUGGAAUGGAACUAUCAUUUAAGUACAGUAGAAAUCGCAUAUCAGUUUCGGAACUCAUAUCAUGAACUUUCCAUGCCAAUGUUUUCGGGAAUCAUAUUCAUGUUGUUUAAAGAGCAUGAAUCGUUGACGUUCGAUGAGAUAGUGGAAUUGACCAAUCUACCCCAGCAAGAAGUGAGAAAGAAUUUGAUUUCAAUGUCUGUUGCACCAAAAACAAAAAUCUUGCAAAAGAGUCCGCCUGGCAAAUCCAUAUCCAAUACUGAUAUGUUCUCCAUCAAUCAAGGCUUCACAGCUCCACAGAGAAAAGUCAAAGUGUUAAUGGUAUUAAUGAACACUAGACCAAACGCUACCAAUGAUUCUACUAGGUCAAGUGUGGAAAAGAAGUUGCUGGACUCUCGACUAAGUGUCAUCAAUGCUGCUGUGACAAGGAUCAUGAAACAAGACAGAAAGCUUUACCAUUCCGAACUUCAAGACAAAGUCGCACUGUCAAUACCACUAUUUGAAAUGAGCCCAAGUCUUUUUAAGAUGAGUCUCGAAUAUUUGUUGAAUAAUGAGUACAUACAAAGGGAUUUCGAUAAUACAACUAUGUACCACUAUUUGCCUUAA